GUCUAAUGUCCCCUGAAAUGAAUGAGGCUAGUCCUACCUGUAUUCUUGAGAUCUGGAUUCAUAUGUAUGGAAAAGACAUUGGAUCUCUUGGUAUAUACAUUGUAUCUGGAUUAGAGAGGGCUCUUUUGUUUUGGGAUGAGAGAACUAAUCGAGAUGAGUGGUUUAGAUCAUCUGUUGGUGUUGGUCGAAUCAGGGGAACUUUCCAGAUUCAAGUCCUUGCCCAAAGAUCAUUUGAUGUUAUAGGAGACAUUGCAAUUGACGACAUUACUUUCAGGGAUUGUGGAUUUCCAGAUCCUCCUCCAGAGGGUUGUACGUCAGAUGAGUUUACAUGUGCCAAUCUGAGAUGCAUCGUUAGAGAUCGAUUAUGUGAUCUCACAGACGACUGUGGAGAUAUGUCGGAUGAAAUCAAUUGCGAAACCUAUGAGCGAUGCAGUUUUGAGAAUGGAAUUUGUAGUUGGACUCAGCUAACUACCGAUGAAUAUGACUGGAGGUAUUACUCUGGUAUUACACGUACCCCAUGGACUGGGCCAGCCAGGGAUCACACCACUGGUCUUCCGGCAGGUUACUACAUCUACCUGGAAGCAAGUGACGCCCAACCCGGCGAUAGGGCACGACUUGCAUCUAGAACACUCACUUCUGUGACGUCAUCAGGUUGUUUCUUGAGAUUCUAUUACCACAUGUUUGGAGAUGAUAUUGACCAGCUGAAUGUGUACACAAGGCAAGCAAUCAAUGGUCCAUUGACACGUAUCUGGAACAGAGAAGGAGAUAUUGGGGACUAUUACUUGAGAGCUGAUAUUGAGAUUGAUUCUCCUCAGUACCCUGUCCAGGUAAUCAUUGAGGCUACACGAGGGGCUGGUAUAUACGGUGACAUUGCUAUUGACGAUACAAGCUUUACCCCUGGGUGUGUCUUUAGUGACACACCCCUGGCAACCGUCUCCACCGUGGCUCCUACCCAACCCCCUACCCUGCCAUACUGUCCUCCCGACACAUUCCAAUGUAACAAUGGAACUUGCUUGGAUGUUCAACAGAGGUGCAAUCUCAAGAACGAUUGCCUGGAGGGGGAAGAUGAAAUUAAUUGCGGUGACUGUGACUUUGAGCUUGAUACAUGUGGAUACACUAGCAUCCCGAAUGGAGAGUACCUGUGGACACGAAUCCAAGCGAGUGACGCAAUUAGUGGGCGUGGUCCAUCCGUAGACCAUACCAAGGAUAGUGGAGAUGGUUAUUACAUGUUCGUUGAUAGUACUUACGGAUUAUUCGGAAUGACUGCACUUCUGAUCAGCCCUGUUCUCCUUGGCGAAGCUGGCUCCAGGUGUGAGUUGGAAUUCUAUUAUCACAUGCUUGGUGGUCAGGUGGGGUCUUUAAGCGUCAUCAUAUAUGAAAAUGGUUAUCCUGAUGCAUCAUGGGUAAUGGCAGGUGAUCAAGGGUCAAGCUGGAACCGAGGGUCAUUAAUGGUUGGACCACACGAUGCAGGGCAGUAUUAUGCUCGUUUUGAGGCCUCACCAGGAGUUGGUUUUGAUGAAACAACUGAACCGACAGACAUUGCCCUCGAUGAUAUCAGGUUUAUUAACUGUGGUAAAUCAGCAGACCUCGAUUGUAACUUUGGAGAGGCAGCAGGAACACUGUGCGGCUGGAGCCAGAAUGUAGAUACCGAUACAGUUGACUGGACCUUGUUCAAAGGAAGGACACCAACGGGCUACACUGGGCCACAGUUUGAUCAUACUAAUGGUCUAGGCUAUUAUGUCUAUUUGGAGACAUCUUAUUUAGUAAAUGGCGACUUUGCUCGUUUGGAGUCUGGUAUCCUCAGAUCGACUGAUGAUCAACCGUACUGUCUUUCGUUCUGGUAUCUAAUGUAUGGUUCUACUGUUGGCACGUUCAAGGUUUUCAAGAGAGAUACGGACACCGAGGAUGAGGUUCUUAUGUGGUAUAAGCGUGGCAAUCAGGCUAGUGUAUGGUUACCAGCCCAGAUGAAUAUCAUAACAUCUUCAAACUAUGAGAUUAUUCUAGAAGCCACACGGUCUUCUCAAUUUUACGGCGAUAUUGCUGUUGAUGAUACUGCCCUCUCCGCCGGCGCAUGUCCUGGGUCACGUGAGCAAACCAUCAUCUUUAAAUCAUUGGUUUUGUUAUAA